CGCCCGCGCCCCGGAAGCGCUCCCCCCCAGCUCACUUCCGCUGGGCCGGCGGCAGCUGCAGAGACCGAGGCGCGGGCCGCGCGGAGGAAGCGGUCGGAGCCCGAGAACAGACCCGCGACUGAGACGCACUACAAACCAGGGACCAAAAUGACAGACUCCAAGUACUUCACCACCACAAAGAAAGGGGAGAUCUUUGAGUUGAAGGCAGAGUUGAACAGCGACAAGAAGGAGAAGAAGAAAGAGGCAGUGAAGAAGGUGAUCGCAUCCAUGACCGUUGGCAAAGAUGUCAGUGCACUCUUCCCAGAUGUGGUGAACUGUAUGCAGACCGAUAACCUAGAGCUGAAGAAGCUGGUCUACCUGUACCUGAUGAAUUAUGCCAAGAGCCAGCCAGACAUGGCCAUUAUGGCUGUCAACACCUUUGUAAAGGACUGUGAGGAUCCCAACCCUCUGAUCCGGGCUCUGGCUGUGCGGACAAUGGGCUGUAUCCGGGUGGAUAAGAUAACGGAGUAUCUCUGUGAGCCCCUGAGGAAGUGUCUGAAGGAUGAGGACCCCUAUGUGCGCAAGACAGCAGCCGUCUGUGUUGCAAAGCUUCAUGACAUCAAUGCUCAGCUUGUGGAGGACCAAGGUUUCCUGGACACACUGAAGGACCUCAUCUCGGAUUCCAACCCUAUGGUGGUGGCUAAUGCAGUAGCAGCCCUUUCGGAAAUAGCAGAGUCUCACCCAAGCAGUAACCUGCUGGACCUGAACCCUCAAUCUAUUAACAAGCUGCUGACGGCCCUGAAUGAGUGCACUGAGUGGGGCCAGAUCUUCAUCCUGGACUGUCUGGCUAACUACAUGCCCAAGGAUGACCGGGAGGCACAGAGCAUCUGUGAACGGGUGACGCCCCGGCUGUCCCAUGCCAACUCUGCUGUGGUCCUGUCAGCAGUGAAAGUGCUGAUGAAGUUCAUGGAGAUGCUGUCAAAGGACCUGGAUUAUUAUGGCACCCUGCUGAAGAAGUUGGCUCCUCCUCUGGUCACGCUGCUCUCGGCGGAGCCUGAGCUGCAGUACGUGGCUCUCCGCAACAUCAACCUCAUUGUGCAGAAGAGGCCUGAAAUCCUGAAGCAUGAGAUGAAAGUGUUUUUUGUGAAGUACAACGACCCCAUCUACGUAAAACUGGAGAAACUGGACAUCAUGAUCCGUCUGGCUUCCCAGGCCAACAUUGCUCAGGUGCUUGCGGAGCUGAAGGAGUAUGCGACAGAAGUGGAUGUGGACUUUGUGAGGAAGGCAGUCCGAGCCAUCGGCCGCUGUGCCAUCAAGGUUGAGCAAUCAGCGGAGCGCUGCGUCAGCACGCUGCUCGACCUCAUCCAGACCAAAGUCAACUAUGUGGUGCAAGAAGCCAUUGUGGUUAUCAAGGACAUCUUCCGCAAGUACCCGAACAAGUACGAGAGCGUGAUUGCCACCCUGUGUGAGAAUCUGGACUCCCUCGAUGAGCCUGAGGCCCGGGCUGCCAUGAUUUGGAUUGUGGGAGAAUACGCUGAGCGAAUUGACAACGCGGAUGAGCUACUGGAGAGCUUUCUGGAGGGCUUCCAUGACGAGAGCACCCAGGUCCAGCUGCAGCUGCUGACUGCCAUUGUGAAGCUCUUCCUAAAGAAGCCCACUGAGACCCAGGAGCUGGUGCAGCAGGUGCUGAGCCUGGCUACUCAGGACUCUGAUAAUCCGGACCUGCGGGACCGUGGCUACAUCUACUGGCGUCUGCUCUCCACUGAUCCUGUAGCUGCCAAGGAAGUGGUGCUGGCAGAGAAGCCCCUCAUCUCCGAGGAGACGGAUCUGAUUGAGCCGACCCUGCUGGAUGAGCUGAUCUGUUACAUUGGCACGCUGGCCUCUGUCUAUCAUAAGCCUCCCAGUGCCUUCGUGGAGGGGAGCAGAGGCAUUGUGCACAAGAGCUUGCCGCCGCGGACAGGGUCGAGUGAAAGUGCAGAGAGCCCUGACGCAGCCCCAUCAGGAGCCCCACCUUCAGAACAACCAGCUGUCAUCCCAACUCAGGGUGACCUCCUUGGUGACCUUCUGAACCUUGACCUGGGCCCCCCAGUGAGCGGACCUCCUGUUGCUACAUCCUCUGUGCAGAUGGGGGCUGUGGAUCUUCUUGGAGGUGGCUUGGACAGCUUGAUGGGGGACGAGUCUGAAGGGCUGAGAAGCGAUGUAGGAGGCAGUCCUGCAAUGAGUGGUACUGGCUUUACAGCUCCCAGCACGGUGAUGCCUGCAAACCUCGGGCCACCCCCCAGUAGUGGCUUGGGAGACCUCUUUGAUCUGGCCGGUGGAGUGGGCACACUGUCAGGAUCCCAUGUGGCACCCAAAACUGUCUGGCUCCCAGCCAUGAAGGCCAAGGGCCUGGAGAUUUCUGGCACAUUCAGCCGCCAGGUGGGCGCCAUCUCCAUGGAUCUCUUACUAACUAACAAGGCCUUGCAGGUCAUGUCUGACUUUGCCAUCCAGUUCAACCGUAACAGCUUCGGCCUGGCGCCAGCUGCUCCUCUUCAGAUCCACGCCCCUCUUGCUCCCAACCAGACUGUGGAGAUCUCCCUCCCUCUGAACACAGUUGGCUCUGUCAUGAAGAUGGAUCCUCUCAACAACCUCCAGGUUGCCGUGAAGAACAACAUUGAUGUGUUCUACUUCAGCACCUUGUACCCGCUGCACAUCCUCUUCGUGGAAGAUGGGAAGAUGGAGCGGCAGAUGUUCCUGGCCACCUGGAAGGACAUUCCAAAUGAGAACGAAGCCCAGUUCCACAUCAAAGAUUGUCCUCUCAGUGCAGAUGCUGUUAGCAGCAAGCUUCAAGGCAGCAACAUCUUCACCGUUGCCAAGAGGAACGUAGAGGGCCAAGACAUGCUGUACCAGUCUCUCAAACUGACCAAUGGGAUCUGGGUCCUGGCAGAGCUACGAAUCCAACCCGGCAGUCCCAGUUUCGCGGAUUUGGAGCUGUCUCUGAAGUGCCGAGCGCCUGAGGUAUCCCAGUAUGUUUACCAAGCAUAUGAAACCAUUCUGAAGAACUGAGGCACCCACCUCCUCCUCCUCUCUCUCCCCCCGCAUCCCAGAUGAGGAAAUGGGGACCAGAACCUGUGGGCAUGUUUCUUCUUGACCUUGGAAGGAACAAAUGCAAGAUCAAGAUACUCUGGAAACUUCAAACUGGCGUCCCCUGACGCUGAAAAUGGUGUGAGCGGCAGUGCCUAGCAUUCCAUCUUCAGCUCUCUGGGGAUGGGGUGGGAAGGGGGGGGGCAGGGGGAGGGAUCUUGUUGCAAUUCAAUGCAUCAGUGGAGAAUUUUUUCAUGUGAAGUAAUGCAGUGUCCUCUUUGCUGACGUUGCCCCUUUAAGAGCCCUGUUUUUUGCCCUUGUACUCUUACUGAAAUUAAGAGCGUGCGUGAGAAUCUGGGUGGGAAGGCAGUGCCCACUGACUCUCAUUACUAUCUUCAAAUCCAUCUCCCCGACCUUCCCAGACAAAUAAAUGAAUUGACACUUUGGUGCUUAAA